CCGCGGCGCCUCCCGCCCCGGCUGCGAGCACAGACCCAGCCUACCCCGGCCUGAAGCCACCACCUCCGAGGCCAGGAAGCUGCGGUGUGUGUGCUCUGUGUCUGUGAGCAGCAGGCUGCUCCUCAGGGAGCGGGAGAGCUCAGAUCGGGAUGUUGGAAAUGUGCGGGAGGCCCUGAGUGGGACUUGCUGUGGGAUAAGAAAUGAAAUUCUCCAGGCUGGCCGGCAGGGAAGAGAGCGUGAUUGGAUCCCUGUGCUCCACACUCGCCGGAUUUUGAGUUCCUGCAAGGAUGGAAAAUCCCCCUGCUGUGGGAUAAGCUGCCCCCUGUGCCUGCCUCAGCAUGCUGAAAGCUCCCCCCUCAAUUCCAACAUCACACCAGCUCCCGGCCGUCAAACCUCACUAGAACUUUGUCUGCUCAACUCCAGAGCCUGCUCAGCUCUGCCCUGCUCCUGCAGCCCAUGAUUCCAUCCCUCUGAUGAGCUGAACGAGUCCAGCGAGGAGCUCCAGGCUCUGUCUAACGCACCGGCCCUGUUGCAGAGCUCAGCCCCGCAGCUCAGCUCCCCCAUGGCUGCAGCCAGCAGCGAGGGGACAGCAGGGACCCGGCUCCUGCCAGCUGGCACUGCCCUGGCCCUGCUCGGUGGCCUGGUCUACCUGGGCACCCUGUGUGCUGCCUGCAAACGGAAGGGCAGGAAGAAGGUCGCUCCAGACGGGGUGAAGCUUGUGGAUGAGGCCCUGCUCUGCCAGACACAGCUGCGGUCCCUCAGCAAGUCGGACACGAAGCUGCACGAGCUGUACCGGGUGAAGGUCAGAGACCUCGUCCAGCGUCCGGCCAGCCUGGAUCUCCCCAGUCCCUCGGCCCCCGGAGGCGAAUCCCUGCACAGCUCCGGCCUCCUGCACCGUGAGCUGCCCCAGAUCCCCGUCCCUGAGCCCCCGGCCACUUCCCCAGCGCCCGACCAGACCUACUCCAACCUGCUCUUCACCCCGCUGCGGAAACCAGCGCCAGACGCCGUCUAUGAGUGCCUGGCAGUGGGGGAGGAGGGCACCCCGGUGCCCCCCCUGCCAGCUGGCACCCAGGUGUCCCCCCCACGGGCUGUGCACGGGGCAGCCGAUUAUGCCUGUGUCCAUAAAGUGAAGAAGGUGGUGUCGGUGGAGGUGCAGGAUGGGGCUGUGGCAGGACCCUCUGGAGCACAGCCCUGCUGGGAUGGUGCAGGCAGUGCCCCUCAUGCCAAGCUGGAGGAGAUGUACUCGACGGUGUGCAAAGCCACCAAGAAGAAAUCCCAGGUCCCUACAUCAACCCCGAGGGCUGUGAAGGAGGAGGGGUCUGUGUGGGCACCCCCCUGCCAGCAGGAGGGGGCCCCAGCAGCCCCAGGCCCCUCUGACCCCUGUUACGAGUCCAUCAGCGACAGAGCAUGGACUGCUCAGGCCUGUGGCACCGACCCUGACUACGAGGCUGUGGACAUUAACUGGAAGAAGGCAGCAAAACGGGACAAGCCAGGGAAGCCUUGUGUCCCCGAGAACCUGUAUGAGAGUGUGGUGGACGUCUGGGCAGGGGGGUCCCGAAAAGCCUCAGUCCGGACAGCAGCCAAUGGGCUGGAGGUUUACAUCACCAACCUAUAGCCCCCCAGGAGCAGGGGCAGUGCCACAGGGGGGUCUCACCUGGCUGGACACCACUGGGUGCCAAAGGGACAGGUGCCAGCAGCUCUGUGCCCACCAGAGCCCCGUGCCCUGCACUCACUCUCUGUAUAUAUUUUCUCUUACUUUUCUACGAGUGUCCUUCUCCCAGCUCAGCCCAGCUGGUGCCAGCAGGUUGCUGGUGGGAUGUCCCAAGAUGGGCACUUUGGGGGUGCUGAGUGCUGGGUGGGACCCCAGUGAGACAGGGCUGGCACUGGCACCAAGAUGGGAACAGGGUGGGGACCAGUCACAUUUUGGGGCAGGGGGGUGACGGGGCUGCAGCCAGCCCCAUGCCUUGGGCUGCAGGAUCAGACCCCCCAUCAGGAGGUUUCUGCCAUGACUGAGGGUCUCUGUCCUCCUCACACUGCCUGGGGGAGACCAGGGCCCCCUCCAGCCCCCAGGAAGCCCUGAGAAGCUUUGCUCCCCUCACGGAAUGUCCCUUGUUAUGGGGAGAUGGGGUCAGCCCUGUGCCUCCAUGGAAUCGUGGAAUAGCCAGAGCUGGGAAGGACCCACAGGGGAUCACUGAGUCCAUCUCCUCACCCUGCACAGGAUAACACAGAAAUUUCCCUGGUGUGGGCCGUGGGCUCUGCUCCAUCCUCCAUUCCCAGCCUUUCGCACCCAUGCAAGGGUGUCUCCAUGGGCAGCCCUCUCCCAAACACCAUUAAAAGGCUGAGAGAACGUUUACACUCUUAAACUGAGUCUGAAUCCCUGGCUCUGGGGGCUCUUGCUGCUGCUGCAACUGGUGCUGAGAGAGCAGCUUUGAGCACAGUGUGACUGAGGGUGCACCCGCCCUGGAUGGGUGGUUUGGCACCUCUGAGAUGGGGACACGCAGCCACCAGGAGCUGCCGUGUGGGGUGAUCUGUGCCAGAGCGGAGCCUCGCACAGGGCUGCGGUACCAGCCAGGCUGUGUUUGCUCAGCAUUUGCUUCCUUGCUCACCUCCCCAGCACUCCUGCGGGUCCCGCAGCCUCCGUGCGCCGGAAGAGCUUGGAUGAGCUGGAUGUGUACCAGAGCUGGAACUUCCCUCCUCUCCAGCCCGCUGGAGAUGCUCGUGGGUGCCCCAAGGGACGCGGUGGCAAGGCAGUGACGGUGGCCCUGGUGACACGGCCAGCGGCUGCCUGACCUCGUGGCACGAUGGCCUGGGGCUGCCUGGAGCCGGGUGGAACCCGCAGCCCCCGUGCCGUGCCGUGCCGUGCCAGGCAGGGCGGCAGGAAGCGACGCGCCUUCCCUCAGCAUCUUUGCCCCUGCACCGCGGCAGGUGAAGAGAUUAAAACUGAAAACGCAGCGCUCAGCAAAGCCCGCUGAAGGUGUUAGAGCUGGAGGCACCCCAGGCGUCGGCAGCCCCAAACCACAGCCGCC